UCCACAUGUCGCGCACGACGCGGGCCUGCGUAGGCGAUACUGCCUCGCCGAGCUCUAUAUCAUUGGACAGUGUCCGUCUCAGGCUCUGCACGUUGCACCCUGGGACAAUCUUUGUCAAAUGAUAUCAGUCGGAGAUUUCAUUAAGGAUCUGAGCAUGCGCAAUACGUUGAUCCAGAGUGAAAUCGUAGACGCAGGAAAGGAUACGAAGACUGAAAAAGAUUUCUAGUGCGCCCUAGCUAAUUCUGGUUGGCACAAGAAUUAGCUACAGACGGUUCUGCUGUUGGUGUUCACUUCCUAGCUAGCUUCCAUCCUGAGAGCGCGGCGAUCUUUUUGUAUGUGGGGCCGCACGGCUUUCGCGGUGAAAGUCGAGGUGAGUUAGUGUGCGCCACCUCCCCUUUGCGAGUACCUCAAAAGCCCGAAAAAAGUAGCUACUUGAGAUGGAAACUAUUGAGUUCGAGCCGUCGCCUGCAGGAAAGGCGUGGCUCCGCUGCAAGUUUUGAAAAGACCCGUCCGCUCCCUCCCUUCAAAAGCUUGCAAGGGUUGGCUUCGCCAGGUGACGAGACAAGAAAAAAGCUUCGUUGUUGUUGUUCGUCGUUAGUUAGCUAGAGUGUCGGCCAGGACUGUAUCGCCCCGCAAAGGUGGUGGUUGAGUGAGCAGCGCCACUUGUAUCCUUGCGUUGGUUCGAUCAGAGUGUGAGUUUGCGAAUUUGCGAUCUAGAUCUCCGCUGUCGAUCCACAUGUCGCGCACGACGCGGGCCUGCGUAGGCGAUACUGCCUCGCCGGGCUCUAUAUCAUUGGACAAUGUCCGUCUCAGGCUCUGCACGUUGCACCCUGGGGCAAUCUUUGUCAAAUGAUAUCAGUCGGAGACUUCAUUCAGUUUUGUUUUUUUGGGGUGCGCCCUGUUUCCGGGCGAACUUGCUUGCUGAAGGCUUCAACAAUUUGACUUGUGAUUGUACAUCGAGCUUUGUUUGUGAUGCUGUUUGACUUGUUUCAGGACCGAGCUGCAUGCGGGCUACAAGAAAAUUACUGAUAAUAUGGGCAUUGAUUUAUUCGAGUGCCGACUAUCGUUUGACACGAAUACUUGCUACACCUAAAGAUGCAUAUCUGAUGAUGCGAGAGUAACAGUGCAGGUAUUUAACUCAUGAUGCGCAAUCGCAAGUAGCAUGAUGCAUGUCCUCAUGGACGGAAAUAUGCGGAGAAAUAAGGAUUGAGCGACGCGACGUUUCUAAUUGCACUAAAGGCUUUAUCUAAAUCAAGCGCUUUCUCAAGUGGCGAGUGCCUAUGAUCUUCCGAAAUGGGAGACCAUUGGCGUUCGCAUCUAUUCUCAUUUUCUGGCGCUUCUCCAGUAUUUCAUUCGUGAAAUUCGGUCCCUCUAUGAAAAUGAACUACUCUUUGUUUGCAAUCCAGGCAGUGGUUAAUUAUAAAUCAAAAUCGGUUGUACUAUGUGAAUGACCAUGGCGCAAAGCCAAAGGCAAGACUAAAAUUGUCGGUCUGCAGUCGUACUGAUCAAGAACAUCCCAGCAGAAAGUGACUAAUAACAAUCUGAGUCGGUAUCGUGCUGUGCUUUUUGACUCGUCCUGCAACUCGUGCUUGUUGAUAAGAAACGUCUGCUACUUCAUCGUGCACCUAGG